AUGAGCACUUCGAGUGAUGAUAGUGAUAGUGAUUUGUUAAGAGUUAGACCUCCAUCUUCUAUGACUAAUUCAAGUCUACCAAAGAUGAAUUCAAUGACAUCGAGUUUGUCUUCGAUAAAUAGUGAUAAACUGAUGUCACCUACCAAACCGGUGCCUGUGUCAACAGAAAUUUUGAACCCGGAUCCUGAUGAUCUAACUGUUGGUGACUGUAUUUACGUUAAUGGAACAAAAUCUGGUAUUAUCAAAUUCCUUGGUAGUACAAGUUUUGCUCCUGGUAAAUGGGCUGGAGUUGAAUUAGCUGAUGCUUCUGGUAAAAAUGAUGGAUCUGUUAAUGGAGUUAAAUAUUUUACUUGUGAACCCAAACAUCCGUCCGUCCAUUAUCCGUCCACAUCGUUUAACUCUAGAGCAAUUACACCUCCAGAGAAACCAUCGUCCACUGUAACGUCGUCAUCUCCAAUCAGUUAUGGCUUCAAACACCAACUGAUCUCAUAACCAAUGUAACAAGUA